AUGCCACCCAAGCGCGCCCCCGCCCCGGAGAUAAAACCCCCCGUCGACUUCUCGCCCUCCAUCGUCCUCGCCGACAGCGCCUCACUCACAGGCACACACCGCGUGCGCAUCGCGUCCAACACGGUCGUGCACCCGCGCGCAAAACUCAACAGCACGCUCGGCCCCAUCACCAUCGGGCGCAGCUGCAUCAUUGGCGAGCGCACGCAGCUGGUUGCGCCGGACGCGCAGGGGCUCACCAUCGGCGACGGCGUGGUCGUCGAGGUGAAUGCGCUUGUUGAGGCGCGGGAGGUGGGCGAGGGGUCGACGGUCGAGGUGGGCGUGAGGGUGGGGAAGGGGGCGAGGGUGGGGAAGCAUUGUAAGUUGGCGCCGCUGACGAGGGUGGCGGAUGGCGAGGUGCUGGAGGACUAUACGGUGCUGUAUGGCGCCGGAGAGAGGAGGAUGGAUAAGUCGGGGCAGGAGGGCGCGCGGAGGAAGCUGCUGGAGAUGCAUGUGGAGAGCUUGAGGGUGCUGAUCCCGAGUAAUGCGUCAAAGUGGAUGUCCUAG